GGGGGCAUGCAUGUAAAGCCUUUUCUCACCACUGCCUGAGGAUCGAUGUUGUCUGAACCAAGUCAAGGGUCACGAUUGCAUGGAAUGGAAUGAGUCCAUGUAAUUUCGAUCCUGUUCAUAAAAAAAAAGAGUCCAUUUUUUUGGCAAAAGCAAAGCUGGUUUCCGAAGACUUGCGCCAUCGGAUGACUUCCCUUCCCUUCUCAGUUCUCCCUAUAUAAACACCUCUCUUUCAAUAUUCCUCCUCACCCCAUAACCAUUUCUGUUUCUCUUCUCUCUCUCUCUCAAGAUAGUUAAUUAGCCAGAUAUAUAUAGUGUGGUUCAAGAGGUCAAGCUCGUUUCUUGCUAUUGAUUUCCUUCUUUUGCCAUAUAUACUAUAUAAUUAGCGUACAUAUAUAUUCGAUUAUAUAGAUAUUUAAUUGGAUUUCAGGCAUGUCACCGGCAAUAGUCUUGGAGGUUCAAACUCAUUACAAAGAAGAGGAGCUACAAGAGAGUCACGAGUUCCACAAAGGAGUGCAACAUCUAUGCGAGGGAGGGAUAACAAAAGUGCCUAGAAAAUACAUAUUGCCGGCAUUGGACCGUCCUAUUUUCCCAAAAAAAGAUGGCGCUACUAAUUUCAAGCUACCAGUAAUCGAUUUUGCUCAGCUGCAAGGUCCAGAUAGAAUUCAUGCACUCACAUCCCUUUCAAAAGCUUGUGAGGAAUAUGGUUUUUUUCAGUUGAUAAAUCAUGGCAUUGCAUGUCAAUCCAUCCUCGACAUGAUUGAAGCAGGAAGGAAAUUCUUCGAGCUUUCUUUCGAGGAGAGAUCGAAGUACAUGUCAAAAAAUAUGCGUGCCCCAGUUAGAUAUGGAACAAGUUUUAACCAGAACAAAGAUAGAGUGUUUUGCUGGAGAGACUUCUUAAAGCUUGAUUGCCAUCCCCUUUCAGAUGUUCUUCCUUAUUGGCCCUCUUCUCCUACGGAGCUAAGGCAAGCGGCGGUUAACUACUCUAAAGAAACAAAAUUCUUGUAUAUAAUGGUUGUGAGGGCGAUACUAGAGAGCCUAGGAUUGGCUGAAACAACAAAAGAUAUUGAUGAAAAUGAUGGUGAUGAUCAUAUAAUUAAGGAGUUUCAAGAUGGGAGCCAACUCCUUGUGGUCAAUUGCUAUCCUUCAUGUCCUGAACCUGACCUCACACUUGGCAUACCACCCCAUUCAGACUAUGGCUUCCUUACACUGCUCCUCCAAGAUGAAGUUACGGGUCUCCAAAUUCAGCAUGAAGGGAGAUGGGUCACUGUCGAACCAAUCCCUAAUUCAUUUGUUAUUAAUGUUGGUGAUCAUCUCGAGAUUUUCAGCAAUGGGAGAUACAGGAGUGUGCUCCAUAGAGUGCUAGUCAAUCAUUUGAAGUCUCGGAUCUCCAUUGCCUCGUUACACAGUUUACCUUUUGGCAGCAUGGUUCGACCGUCACCAGAGCUCAUCGAUGAUGCUAAUCCAAGGCGUUAUAAGGACACAGACUUUGCGAGUUUCAUUGAAUACAUAGCAUCUCAUGAACACAGGAGCAAGAACUUCCUCGAUUCUAGGAGAUUGACUUGAGGGGGCAAGAAAAGAUACUGUCUGGGAGCUUUGAAUUUUUUAUAUAGGUACGGACAAGGUAAUGGAGUAGGGAAUUGUUAGGAGGUGCUAGGGUUCUAGCUAGGAAAGUACUGUAUUAUGCAAUUUUAUUAGUAAUAAAAGUAUAUAGUAUACUUUCAUGCUAAAAAA